ACUUUGAACAGAACGAAAACAUCAUUCGGCGAACAGAAGUCGGAGAGUAUUCGUGGAAAAACCGUAAUUUUGCCAGAUCCUCAUUGAAUAAUAGACAAUUGUGUAGCACGGUACGUCGUGAACUAAUCCUUAAAAGUUUCAUUAUUACAAAUAGUAUAUACUCGACUCGUGUUACUGUAUGCUGUUAAGCCGAGCCGUGAGAAUGGUUGUCCGACAUCAUGUUAAAAGCUGGGAGGAAUUCACCCAGCUUGCUCAAAGCCUGGAAGGAAACGGUGAACCGGUACACGUUCUCUUUACCGGCGAUAAGGACGAAAAAGGAGACAGCUGGUGUCCAUACUGCGUAAAGGCGGCGCCGGUUGUGGAAGAAGCACUUAAGGAAGCUCCUGAGAAAAGUCACUUCAUCGCAGUGGAGAUAGAUCGUCCAUUCUGGAAAGAUCUGAACAAUCCAUAUCGCAAAGAUCCCCGUACCAAUCUUGUAUUUCUCCCAACGCUGCUUCGCUGGAAAUCUCCACAACGUUUGGAUGGUGAGCGGGUUUCAAAUAAGGAUCUCGUGGAAAUGCUGCUGUCUGACGAGGACUAACGUGUUAGGGGAAAUAAACAGUGCAAGAUAAGUUCUUAGGACAUCAUUUGAUAUACACACAACAUGAUACAAGUUUAAAGUUCAACGUACAUUGCCAAAAUUUGGUUCCGCUUUGAUAAAUGUUUUGAGACAUACUAGAAA